AUGCAAAGUGGGGAAGAGAAUAUCCAAAUAUUGGACGACGCGGAGGAAGCGGAUCGAGGUGACACGUCAAUUUUGCCAAAUGAGGAGGAGGGAGACGCCGAGGGAAGGGACGCUAGUGAGAGCUGCGCAGUGGAAAAUCCUCUUGGGGGGAGCCAAGGUGAAAUGAAGGUAGACGCAGCGAAGGAAAAGGCGGUGACGCAUCCACACAACGACGCCACUUACAGCAGAGGCACUCUCCAGAACGAGGAAGGCGGUGCGAACAGUGACAUUCCAAAAAAACAGGAAACAAACGAAUCAACAAUUCAAGAAAACGGGGAAAGACAGCCCAGUGUGCAGUUAGGCGAUGGUGAAGGGGAACGGGAAAUAAUCACGUCGGGUGAAAAUGCAGCGGAAGACGCCCCUCUAAGUGAUACCCCCCUAAGUGAUGCCCCCCUAAGUGAUGCCCCCCUAAGUGAUGCCUCCUUCAGCGAGGCCUUCUUCGACCAGGCGUCCCAAUUUCAAAAGGCCCCAGAAGACCCCAAGGGGCACAGCCAAAAGGAACUAGCAGACUUAUAUAGGGAGAUAAAAAAAUGCGAGGAUCUCUUUUUGAGCCACUUCGCCUGCACAGGAGAUGACUCCAAACCAGCGGAGAUUACAAGCAGUGGGGAGGAAGCGAAAGAAGCGAGGAAAGAAAAGAAAGGUAAAGUGAGCAUCCCCCAGAUUGACUUCACUUCCAUGGAAUCCAUUUCCCAGUUCUUACUACGCGAGGACAUGUCUGACAAUGACGACCAACCCAUCGAACGGCACCUCCGCGAGCACGUCCAGCAGUUAACACAAGAACAGAAAAAAAAAAAUAAAAAAAUUAAGAUGAAUAAGUACUACCUUGGGGUUAGGAGUUAUCUGAAUACAUUGCCGCCCAGUAUGGGCCAAAAAAUUUUUAAGGAGUACCGAAAAAACUUUUAG